AUGUAUGACGACUCAUCAUGUCCGGAGUCUUGGCAUUACUGGGGAAUCUCAUGCUACAUGAUCACUGGGACGAAAUUUACCUGGGCAGAUGCUAAAGAAGAGUGUAUAAGCAUGGGUGGCGUUCUGGCAGUACCAAGCUCUGAUCAAGAACACGAUGUUAUUGUAAACUUGAUGCUAGAGAAUACCAAUGUGUUGAUCGACUGUAAUGAUCUACAGGUGGAGCGGAGUUGGAAGUGUGGAGAGGGUAACGUAGAGGUCGCUUACAGAAACUGGCGUUCCGGAGAACCGAAUAACGCAGGCGAAGGUGAAGAUUGUGCAACCAUGUCUACAUCUUGGGGAACUAAGGGUCAAUGGAUUGAUAGGAGGAGGGGAUGUGGAAGGGCAGAGAGGGUAACGUUGAGGUCGCUUACAGAAACUGGCGCACCGGAGAACCGAAUAACUGGCAAGAUGAAGAUUGUGUGGUCUUGUCUAUGGGUUUGGGUGCAGAUAAGCGCCAAUGGGUUGAUGGGAGUUGCAGUAAUUCAAAACUGGUUUGAUGGAGAACCGGAUAACGAAGGCGUAGGUGAAGAUUGUGCGGUCUUGGAUCCAUAA